AUGCCCGGAAGGCCUCAACGAGCCUCAAUACGCAAGCCUUUUAUUCGACAAAUUCUGCAUGGCUUGUGGGACGACGCGUGGAACGAUCACGACGGACUUAGGCAUAGGACUCAGGUUUUUGUUUGCGCCGGAGACAAGCUUGACGGCGCGGAAGAGGACGACGACAUCUACGAUAUGGAGUCAGCUUUCAGUAUGCUUCCCCGAUUUCUAGAGCUUGACGGUAUAGGUUGGCAUCCAAGACGUUAUCAAUUUGAAGCCGAGAGAAACGGCCCAUGGGACAACUAUUUCAAACCCGAGCUACGAUUGGCUAUACGGGCAAUCAAGGACCUUGAGACGUGGUCGAUGGAGUCUCCAGAAGAAUAUCGGGCUUUCGUCACUGAUCUGCAAAUCCGGGCAACGAUCGCUAUGAACCAAGGGGCAGCAAUUCAGCGUUGGAUGGGCGAGUACAAAGAGCAGGAAGAAGAUGAAUGGGCACAAGAUCGAUUCAAAAGGCGAGCUCUGACGUCACUAAACAUUGAACUCUUACUGAGAUGUGUUUAUGACUAG